UUUUUGCACAGAUCAACCUUGUAAACAUAUUGUGUAGCUUUUGUCUUCCGGUAAAGUACGUCAUCUGGUCGGCACGACGUGAUGACGUCGACGGGAAGGAGCGAUUCUUUCUAGAAAUUUGUAGCAAGAAGUCGUUAGCUCGCGCUGGAGUGGUCCAGCAGAGUUUGCCUUAGUCAUAUUUAGGUAGCAGCUUUUCUAAGAACAAAGACGAGUUUUAACGGCGUUUCGAACUGUAAGAUUUUAAAAAUCAAUCCUCUGGUUGGUAUCGUCUAGUACAUUAACCAAGGAGCCUCUUAUUGCAAGCUAACGCUGUUAGCGUUAGAGUCUUAGUGGCAGGAUGUCCAGAAUCGAUUACAGCGUGUGGGACCACAUUGAGGUUUCAGAUGAUGAAGAUGAUACUCAUCCUAAUAUCGACACACCCAGCCUCUUUAGAUGGAGACAUCAGGCUCGUGUGGAGCGAAUGGAAGAAUUUAAUAAAAAGGGUGAAGACUUAAACAAGGGACUUGCUGAAUGUCGGCGUAAGCUGGCAGAGACACAGAAAAAGGUACAAGAGAUGACCAUUACAACAGCUGGGGAGGCCAAAGCAGAGCUGAGCAAAGUCCAAGCUGAGGAGAAGAAACUGAAAAAAGAGGAGCGUGAUUGGCAGAAGAAGGUGGACGAACACAACCGGGAGGAGAAGAAGAUGCCAUGGAACGUGGACACGCUCAGCAAGGAAGGGUUCAGCAAGAGCGUUGUUAACGUCAAACCCGAGUCUGCUGACGAGACCGAAGAGGAGAAGGAGCAAAAGCACAAAACCUUUGUGGAGAAAUACGAAAAGGAGAUCAAACAUUUCGGCAUGCUGCGGCGCUGGGAUGACAGCCAGAAGUACCUCUCUGACAAUCCUCAUCUUGUCUGUGAAGAGACUGCCAACUACCUUGUUAUCAUGUGCAUCGACCUUGAAGUUGAAGAGAAACACGCCUUGAUGGAGCAGGUGGCUCAUCAGACGAUUGUCAUGCAGUUCAUUCUCGAGCUGGCAAAAAGCCUCAAAGUGGAUCCGCGGGGCUGCUUUCGUCAGUUUUUCUCCAAAAUCAAGACGGCCGAUCAGCAGUACCAGGACGCCUUCAACGACGAGCUGGAGUCAUUCAAAGAGCGAGUUCGAGGGAGGGCAAAGAUCCGCAUAGAAAAAGCCAUGAAGGAGUACGAGGAAGAGGAGAGACAGAAGCGCCUGGGCCCCGGAGGCCUGGACCCUGUGGAGGUGUACGAGACUCUUCCAGCUUUUGAAAUGCCUCACAGUGUGUGUUCGUCACUGCAGGAGAUGCAGAAAUGUUUCGAUGAGAAGAACAUCCAAAUGUUACAAGAAGUCAUCACAAAGAUGGACCCCACGGAGGCAAAGCUUCACAUGAAGAGGUGCAUCGACUCUGGGCUCUGGGUCCCCAACUCCAAGACAGAUGACGGGGAUGAGAAAGAGGAAGAGGGCACCUACGAAGAAUUUUCCCCUCCUGGUCACCACCGGUCCCUGGACCGAGAAGAGAGAGAGUCUGCCCUCCAAGUCCCUGGACCGAGAAGAGAGAGGUCAUCUCAGACUGCGGCCGUCCAGACUAAUCUUGAAAAGGGGGUCAGCGCGCCGUGCAUGUGCGUGUGCGCGCUCACGAGCCUCUCUCCAGCUCUGAGGGGACGUGGGAGGAGCGGCCGCGAGAGUUUCCGGAAGCGCAGCCCGGUUGUUGAUCACGAUUCACGAGAACUGCGGAGCGGAGCGGAGCGGGGCAGUGGAGGGGAAGCACGCCGAUCGGGAGAAAAGUUCGAGCCUCUGAUCGCUGGAAAAAACGCCUCUGCGGGACCCCUGUUACCGUUGGCCGGGUCUGGAGCAGCUCCAGGCCCAGGUGCAGCUCCCCAGACCAAAGGAAUCCACGUUUACCUGUUCUGGACUAAAGAAGGGGAGAGGUAUCUCUCUCACACGUCUGGGGACGUCACGGCAGAGGAGCUGUGCAUCUCGGCCGCCGAGGCCGUCGGGAUUACUCCUCUAUGCCAUGUGUUGUUUGCAUUGUAUAACCCACAAACCUGCUGCUGGUACAGUCCAAAUCACACAUUCAGCCCAGAAGAUAACUCCAGUCUGGUGCUCCAUUACUGUAUGAGGUUUUACUUUCGGAAUUGGCAUGGGCUGAAUGACAAGGAGCCCACUGUAUCCCGCUAUAGUCUCAAGUCUGGGACAGCCCAGGGAGGUUCUCCUCUAAUUGAAAUGACUUCCUUGGAGUAUUUAUUUGGCCAGGCCAAACAUGAAUUUGUGAAUGAAGUGACUGAAAUGGACGACAUUAAGUCAGAGGAGGACCUUAGUCGCUUCAAAAAUGAGAGUUUAGGAAUGGCUGUGCUCCAGCUGUCGCACCUUGCAAUAGAAAGAGGGUCUAGCUUACAGGAAGUUGCCGGAAAAAUAAGCUUCCUACGCUGCAUUCCGAAGUCUUUCGCGAAACAAAUUUCAAAAGACAACUUUCUGACUAAAAUCCGGAUCCGGAGAGUGUUCGCAGAGUUUGUGCGGACCUUCCAGCAGCACACGGUGGACAAAGGGCAGCUGGGCACGCAGGAGAUCAUGUACAAGUACAUCUCCACCCUCGAACACCUGGUUCCACGUUUCGGCUCGGAGAUCUUCCCCGCGACGUUCCUGCUACUGAGGGAGGACGGGAGUAGCUCUUACUCCAGCAACGCCCAUGAUGAGGCCGUCUCCAAAGACUCGCACAAUGCUCCGGCCACACAUGAAAUAAUGGUGUCUGGCACCGAGGGGAUUCAGUGGAGGAAGGUGCAUGCCCAGAGGGCACAGAUAAACUCUCACCACAGGAAUGACUACAUGAGUUACAUGAGGAAAGCAAAACAACAGUCGGCUCAGCCGAACGGCAACACUCCUAACGAAUGGACGCCAUUCUGUGAUUUCCCUGAAAUCACUUACAUAGCCAUUACUGAAGCUAAUGUGUGCAUUAGCACUCAGGACAAUCGCUGCAUGGAGGUACACAUGAACUCCAGCCUGGAGGCCCGUUCCUUCAUCUCACUCCUUGAUGGGUACUACCGACUGACUGCGGACGCCCACCACUAUCUUUGUCGAGAAGUGGCCCCCCCAAGGGUAGUGCUGAGCGAAGCAAAUCUACUGCAUGGACCCAUGCAUGACGAUUUUGUGCUACACAAGCUGAAAAAGGAGGCGGCAGAGGAGGGAACUUUCCUGGUCCGUUGGAGCGCUCUCGACUACCGCCGAGUCAUCCUCGCCGUGCUAAAGAAAAAAGAGGGCGGUUCGGCUGCCAGUCACAAGCAGUUCCGCAUCCAGCAGAAGGGGUCCACGUUUCACAUGGAGGGCUGGGACCGCGAGUUCUCCACCGUCAAGGAGCUCACCGACAACCUCAAAGCCUUCGUGCUCAAGUCCGGGUCCGACAGCUUCACCGUCAAAAGAUGCUGUUUGCCCAGACAGGGAGAGUUAUCCAACCUGCUGGUCAAACGCCAUGGCACUGACCCCUGUACUCAUUCCGGCUCCUCCUCGCCAAGCCAGCCUCAGGUGCACUUCUACCCAAUCAAAGACAAAGACAUCAUACAGGAAGAGCACUUGGGCCGCGGCACCAUCACUAACAUCUACUCCGGACACUUGCUCCUGCGGGGAGAGGAUGAGGAUGUGGACGAGCUCAACAACAACUUUGCUAACCGCAAAAGCAUCCGAGUGGUUCUCAAGAUCCUGGACCAGAGCCACACCGACAUCGCACUGGCAUUUUUUGAAACGGCGAGUCUCAUGAGCCAGGUAUCCCACAGCCACCUGGUGUUUGUUCACGGCCUGUCUAUCAAAGGAUCCGAAAACAUCAUGGUCGAAGAAUUCGUGGAGUUCGGGCCUUUAGAUAUGUUCCUCCAUAAAGAAAAGGCAUCUGUGACUGCUCUGUGGAAAUUAAUUGUUGCCCUACAACUUGCCAGCGCCCUCAAUUAUCUGGAGAUGAAAUCGCUGGUCCAUGGAAAUGUCUGUGCCAAGAACAUUCUGGUGGCAAGGCGUGGUCUAGAACAUGGCACUACUCCUUUUGUCAAGCUGAGUGAUCCAGGAAUCGCCCUGAAUGUGCUCUCACGGGAAGAGCGCGUGGACCGCAUCCCGUGGAUAGCCCCUGAGUGUAUUGACAGCAGUGCACCUUUCGGGAAUGCCGCUGACAAGUGGAGCUUUGGCGUCACGCUGCUUGAAAUCUGCAACAAUGGCGAUCUUCCAAUGAGUGCUAACACGUUGCCUCAAAAAGAGCGCUUCUAUCAGCAAAAGGGCCGCUUAGCUGAACCCUCCUCCCAGGAGCUCGCCAGGUUUAUCAGCAUGUGUUUGACCUAUGAGCCGGAGGAGAGGCCUUCAUUCCUCACACUGCUCAGAGAGCUCACAGACUUAAUUAAAAUAAACCCGGACAUAUCGCCCAGCGAAACAAUCCAGCAAGCAGAAACCGGCAUGUUCCACAAGCGCUACCUGAAAAAGAUGCGGACCCUGGGGGAGGGUCACUUUGGGAAGGUGACCCUCUACAUGUACGACCCAACCAAUGACGACACGGGCGAACUUGUGGCAGUUAAAACCUUGAAGCAGGAGCAUGGCAAUGUUCCCGAGGGCUUUUUGAAGGAGAUUAGUAUCCUAAAGUCCCUUGAUCACAGCAACAUUGUCAAGUAUAAAGGCUGCUGCAAUGAGCCAGGAAGAGGGGAGGUACAGCUAAUAAUGGAGUACGUCCCCCUGGGCAGUCUGCGAGAAUACCUCCCCAGAAGUAAGCUCGGUGUGCCCCAGUGCCUGAAAUUUGCACAGCAGAUCUGUCAGGGUAUGGAGUACUUGCACUUAAAGCGCUAUGUGCAUCGAGAUCUUGCGGCCCGUAAUGUCCUGGUGGAAAAUGACAAUUUGGUAAAGAUCGGAGACUUUGGCCUGACGAAGUCUAUUCCUGAGGGAGAAAUCUACUACCGUGUCCGUGACGAUGGAGACAGCCCGGUGUUCUGGUAUGCCAUUGAGUGCUUGAAGGAGAGCAAAUUCUCUUUUGCCUCUGAUGUCUGGUCCUUUGGAGUUACAUUGUAUGAGGUCUUGACCCGCUGCAACAAACUUCAGAGCCCUCCAUAUAAGUUCGCUGAAAUGAUCCCACCUUGUAAAGGACAGAUGACCAUGAUAUUACUCAUCAAACUGUUGGAGAACAACCAGAGGCUUCCGUGUCCCAGAGACUGCCCACAUGAGGUGAAGUUGUUAAUGGAGCAAUGCUGGGAUGCAGAUGCUGCAAAACGACCAUCAUUCCACGACCUUGUUGAAAAGCUGGAGGCGAUACGCAAAAGCUACGACUGGCAAUUUACGGCAAACUUCUCCAUGUCUCAGAUUUGCUGAUUGGACACAGUGAUGAUCCUGUGACGGCAGGUCAUCGCUUGGACAGUGACUUACCACAGGGGAGCCAAUAAAUAGUCUCCAUCAGUUCCCGACUUUUACUAUUUACAGAGAUAUUAUUAUACUUAUUUUAUGAUAAAAGCAUACAUUUCGCCCCUCUCAUCUGAUGAAAACAAUAGCAUUUGCAUGUAUUGUGACGAACCACAUGUCAGCUUUUAUGUAAAUACAUUUAAUAGAUUUUCACUUAUCACAAUUAGUAUUAAGAGUUUCUAUAAAUCUGGGGAAUUCGCCUUUUGUUUUAUGUUUAAUUUUUGUAUUUUCUCUCUGUGUAUGUUAACCAUGCGUAUAUAUUUUGUAAAUGUAAGAACCAGUUUAUAACCUAAUAAAUGAUUACAAGGGGGAUUUGCAAACAUGCACGAAUGCUGCAAGAAGAACUCUUAUUUGAAGAAAUAGAAAGACUAAAGCAGA